AAUGAACAAAAUGGUAUAUCUCGGAUGUUUGGCUCUUGCCUCAUGUGUUGGUAUGGCUCUUGGCUACGGAAGUGUUAUGACGGGGCACAACAAGUUUACCUCAUACCCUUACAUGGGUAACAUGGGUUACGGACCAUACAUGGCAGGAUCUUCAGGUUUUGGAGGUUUUCUAGGUGGUACAGGCGGCUCAAGUGGUGGUAUGGGUGGCAUGUUUGGGAACAUUAUCCAACUGUUCUUAUUCAUCUUUGUGAUCAACAUCUUGUUCUCGAGCACUGGUCUUGGUUCGGGCCUUGGCUCAGGUGGUUUAGGUAUCGGCAAGAAGUCUUCACACGUGACCCGUGACUAUGACUUUUACUGAACACAGUUUAAAUAAGAUGAAAGCAAUGGAAAGAAGAAAUAGAGAAAUGCGUCGACUGAUGUAUAUAUUACAGGGAAACCAAAAUAAAACUCAUCUGUCAUUUAACAUUGUAUUUAUUUGAAAAAUAAAAAAUAAAAUAAAAAUGGUAAAAUUACGACCAGACUUUUUUCUUAUUUGUGAAAAAGAUAUUUAAAGAGUAUCACAUACAUACAAAGUCCCAGGUCAUCCAGUCUGACCAGUUUAUAUUCUGUUUUGGUUCAAAUUUUACAU